ACAAAUCAAAAAGUCGAACUCAGACCACACAUCAGCAUUCCCCAGCUCAUUACAGCACUUCUACACUCACCCGCAGACAUCGGGUUAUACUUCUGUUUUCGCUUUUGUAUCCACAUCUGUCUUCUCAAAUAAGACAGCACUCCCGUCGGCACCACAUUCCGUUCCAGCUCGACCGCUGCCUGACCGUUGCCGGCGUUACGAUCGGCCAGCAAGUCUUGAUUGUCUUGCCAGCAUUCCUUAUAAACAACCAGAAGCGGAGCUUUAUCCAUUCAAAAAUCUUCCGCCGCCAUCUGAAGGGGAGUACCGGGAUCUAGUUCAAACCACUUAUCGCCCAUUCUUAUGUAUCUGUCACUCGGUUUGUUCGUAUAAUUGCAAACGAUUAACAAUGCCUGCACAAUCAUCUAUGCCAGAUAUCUCAAUUCCUCAGGCCAGGCGAAUAGUGGUAGAUACCACCGGGGCGCAAAUAGUUCAGGAGGAGUCACCUGCAACUCGAGACUCCCGCGGUAUCUAUUUACCUCAUUAUACUGAGCCAGUUUCGCACAUUGCCAUAGACGUUGGAGGUUCAUUGGCAAAAGUUGUCUACUUCACCCGUUCAAAUCUCCCUAUAUCCGCAACACCCACUUCAUCCGGAACAUCAUCUCCUUUCCUUCCGCCUUCCCAGUCUGUGAGCCAGCCAACGCCUAUCGUCACCGAGCGGUCUCCCAUGUCCUCUUAUUUCCCCCGAGAUUCACCAACGCUCAACCCUCAUUCUCAUGCACCUUUUGACCCUUCACCAGCAGAGCCACGUCGCCCAACUGUAAAUGGUGCUCUCACCCCAGCCACCCUGUCAGAGGACAAUGCUACAACACCCUUACCGGCAAAGAGCAAACACAGAUCACGUAACUCCAUUCAUAACCCUUUACCACCUCCUUUACCUGGGGGUCUUUUGAACUUCGCUCGCUUUGAAACCGACAAUAUCGAGGAGCUUAUUAUUUUCCUUCAAGAUCUGAUAUCGUCAUCAGCAACAGCCAACAGAGUCUCGUUGGAGAAGAUGAAGCGUAACGUCAAGGUCAUGGCAACCGGCGGUGGAGCGCACAAAUAUUACGACAGGCUGGCUGAUGAGUUAGGGGUGGAAGUGCAUCGCGAGGAAGAGAUGGAAUGCCUAAUCAGGGGCCUGGGAUUCGUGACUAGAGUGCCCGAAGAGGUUUUCUACUUCUCAGAGGAACUGGUCUAUAAGGUUUCACACGCAGGUUCCGCUUCUGAACAGGCGCUCACUAUCCCAGCAUCCGAACUACCGAGACCUUCACCAAUGCCGCCGGCAUACCAGGUUACGUUUGCCCCAAUACCGUCAGACGACGAUCCUGUGCCCCAUUUCCCAUGCCUGGUGGUGAAUAUUGGCAGCGGUGUCAGCAUUGUAAAAGUGGACGAAGACGGUAGUUUUGAGCGCGUGAGCGGGACAUCUCUUGGGGGAGGAACGUUAUGGGGGUUGCUGAGUCUCUUGACUGAUGCCGAAUCAUUUGAUGAGAUGCUGCUGCUAUCGGAAAAAGGAGACAAUUCUGCUGUCGAUAUGCUUGUUGGCGACAUCUAUGGCUCGGACUACAACAAGAUAGGUCUUAAGUCAUCAACAAUUGCAUCGUCGUUUGGAAAGGUGUUUAAAAAAGGCUCGAACGCGGAGAGGAGGAAGAGAUUUAAGCAAGAAGAUAUCGCAAAGAGUCUCCUUUAUGCUAUCAGUAAUAACAUUGGGCAUGUCGCGUACAUGAACGCGGCCAAAUACGGUCUAGAUAAGGUCUUUUUCGGAGGUUGCUUUAUUCGAGGACAUGCUGCUACCAUUUCUACUCUGUCUUAUGCUAUUCGCUUCUGGAGCAAAGGCACUAUGACGGCGUGUUUUCUCAGACACGAGGGAUUCUUGGGAGCGAUUGGGGCUUGGAUCAAGAAUGUGGGAGAAUUAGACGAGAAUGGAAGCCCUUUACAAAAGCAUUCAGAUUAGUUUUUUGAUUGCUGAUUGUUUCUGGCAUUCCGUGUUGGUCAAGGAAAAAACAUAGACUUGAGACACAGCUUCUAGUUGCAGGAUAAGGGCGUUUGUUCUUUUGUUCUAUUUUGCAUAUUUUCAAGUAGCAUCUGUAUCGUCAUAUUUUAGACUUGUAGAAUCAUAGCGACGAAGCAAUUUCAUACUGCAAUAAGUCCUGUUUAGAAUGCUUCUUGUUGUGAAGCCUGGAAAUCAGACAUAGAACAUCAAACAUCACACAAGAAAUAAGACACAACUGAUAAUGGCAUCGACAUGCACCACAUCAAGGAGCA